AAACAAGCAGUCAGUGUUUCAUCAAAUUGUAAACUUUCGGAUUCCAAGAGGAAUAAACUUUGGAGGAAGAGAAAGAGGAAGCGCAUUGCCGAGAUGAUCGCAGAAAGGAACGAAAUGUUUGAUGAAGCUGAUCGAGAAGCUGAUGAGUGGAGAGCUAGGGAAAUUGCUAAGGAUAUAGCCAAACGCAAGAUGGAAGACAUGAAGAAAAUUGCAAGCCUUAAACUUAAAGCAAAGGAAGAGAGAAAGAGACUGGAAUCCAAGCUUGAGACGGUAUUGAUUGUGGAGAAAUUGCAAGAGUUCUGCUCCAUCAGGAUUGAAAAAAAUGGAGAACAAGGUCAUUUUCUUCCAGAAGAGGAUGAUAAAUUUCUUGAAAGAGUACGAGCUGCAGUUGAGGAGGAGGAGGAACAUCAAGCGAUCCUGGCAGCUGACAUGGAUGCUGCUAGGGAUGCCAUUGCAACUGCCGAGCAAUCAAGGAAAACAACCGAGAAUUUCAGACCUGAUUCCAUUGAUAAGACCGGUGCUCAAGGCGAGAGUAAGGAAAGUAAAUGCCCAAAAAUUCCAAGCAUUAAUGAAGGCGACUCUACGGCAGUGACUAACAAGGAAUCUGAAAAACAAAUUCUACAAGGAGAGGGCUAUAGAGGAGCUUAUGAUGCUGUGGCCAAUAUACCUAUGGAAUUCUACUAUCAUGGCAGCAAUACUGAUAUGGGCACCCUUAUUGAGGUGAGAAGAACAUGGGAAGCCUAUAUAAGACCAGGAGGACGCCCGAUACCAGGACACCGGGUUCAACCUCCACCUCCUGCAGAUCAUAUCUGGGCGUCUUACCUUCUGCAACCUAAGUGAUUAUUGAUUAGACCCUAAAGAUUAUUGAUUAGGAUGCUGAUUCGACCCCAUUUUGCUUGUGGAAAUGACAAUAGUAAUGAACAAUGAACUUGAUAAUUGUUUAAGCAAACUGUGAAUGACUUUUGAUGCUUGUUUAAAUUCGUUCACAUAUUAAAUACCUACUG